AUGCUGGCUACCUGUGUUGUUCAGCCCCUUGAUCUGGUUAAGACACGAAUGCAGAUCAGCGGUGAAGGAGGCGCCGCCAAGGCCUACAACAAUACAUUCCACGCCAUCAAGACUAUCGUCCGACAGGAGGGCGCAUUCAAACUCUACACCGGCCUAUCAGCGGCCUUGCUGCGUCAGGCGACCUACACAACCGCACGUUUGGGCAUCUACACGAGUCUGUUUGAAUACGCCAGUGCGCACUCCAAGUCGAGCGGUCCUCCCUCGUUUCUCACUAAAAUGGGCAUCGGCCUGACCGCUGGAGUGCUCGGAUCGUUUGUGGGCACCCCGACUGAGGUCUGUCUCAUUCGGAUGACCGCGGAUGGCCGUCUUCCUGCGGCACAGCGGCGAAACUACACCAACGUCUUUAACGCCCUCUACCGCGUCUGCAAGGAGGAGGGACUGUUCGCCUUAUGGAGGGGUGCCGUGCCAACAAUGGGUAGAGCCGCAGUGGUGAACGUCGCUCAACUCGUUUCGUACUCCCAAUUUAAACAAAUUAUCCUGGAAAACGAUUUGAUCAAAGACGGCUUUGGCGUCCAUCUGUCGGCCAGUAUGUGCUCCGCUCUCAUCACGACGGUCGCAUCGUUGCCAGUGGACAUCGCGAAGACGCGAAUUCAAAACAUGCGCACCAUCAACGGUCGUCCGGAGUACUCUGGCAUCUUUGACGUACUAGGUCGCACCGUGAAAUCGGAAGGUGUUUUGGCGCUGUGGAAGGGCUUCACCCCCUACCUCUUCCGUAUUGGACCGCACACCGUGCUGACGUUCGUCAUCCUGGAACAGCUUAACUCCCUUUACAACGUCUACGUCCUCGGAAAUAAGCCCGGUGGUGCGAAGAGCGGUCUGUGA